ACGCGCACCCCAACCGGCUAAUCCCGGAAUCACAAGCUCAUGGUCCGGCUUGCGACGUAGACGUCCCGAAAAUAAGUUCAGAGUGCAGUGACACCAGCGCUACUAAGGAGCAUACCAGAUCUUGUUCUUUCUUCGCAACCAGGCGAUCGUCUUUCAGGGCUGUAAGUCUAGAUGUAGAAGACUGAGCUUGUCGAUUCGUUUGUGCAGUGUUCAAAGCCAAGUUCUUAACCAGCGCUACCCUCAUCGCAGCGGGUCAUGGCGCCGUACGCUCUUACCCCUACAUCUGAGAGGGGGAGUCUCUCGGAUGGAGAAGUCAAUGGGCAUGCAAACGGCGACCAACACGAAUCAUCAAUUGUAGGGCUGGCCAACGGCCGCUCUAAUGGAGCUGCAAAUGGUCAUCACGAAACUCCCCAGAAUGGUAUCCCGCCAUCGGACGGCCGAAAUCCGCAGGCUCCCCAAUUGACGUUGGAAACUGCACCGGCGGUUCCUUACGAGACUGCAUAUACAAAUGGAUACACGGAUGGCUACACCGAAGGAUACACCAAGAGUCACAUCGAACUGCAACACCAGCCAGUUGCCAUCGUUGGCAUGGCGUGUCGCUUCCCUGGUAACGUGUCGACACCUGAUGAGUUCUGGGAGCUGUGCGCACGUGCCCGAACCGGCUUCUCUGAAAUUCCCAAAGGCCGCUUCGAUAGCAACCGUUUUGUUCAUCCAAAUCCUGGAAAGAGCGGUACAACAAACGCACACGGUGGCAAUUUUCUACAGGCAGACCUUAAAUCCUUCGACGCUCCAUUCUUCAGCUUCACAGCUCAGGAGGCCACCAGUCUAGAUCCACAGCAAAGACUCCUUCUGGAGUGCACGUUUGAGGCUCUCGAGAGCGCUGGUAUACCCAAGCACAGUAUUGUAGGCCAAGAUGUUGGCUGCUUCGUUGGCGGCACGUUCUCUGAAUACGAGGCGGAUCUUUUUAGAGAUCCAGAGACGAUCCCAAUGCAUCAGGCAACAGGGUGCGCGUUCGCCAUGCAGUCGAAUCGUAUCUCACAUUUUUUUGAUCUGAGAGGACCGUCAUUCACGGUAGACACUGCCUGCUCUAGCAGUAUGGUGGCAUUACAUGUGGCCUGCCAAAGUGUGCGAAAUGGCGAGUCAAGCUCUGCCAUUGUGGGAGGGGUUCAUCUCAACAUGUUACCUGAGUUCUGGAUCUCGUAUUCCAUGUCAAGGCUCUUUGGUGAAGCCGGUAGGUCCUUCGCCUUCGAUCAAAGAGGCACCGGCUAUGGCCGCGGCGAGGGAUGUGGCGUCAUAGUCCUCAAGACGCUAGAACAGGCACUAAAAGACAACGACCCAAUCCGAGCUGUGAUCACUGGCAGCGGUAUAAACCAGGAUGGAAGAACUCCAGGUAUCACCAUGCCGAAUGGUUCUGCACAAGAAUCGCUGAUACGAUCCGUCUACAAGAAUGGCGGCAUGGAUCCUGCAGAUACGGGAUACGUUGAGGCCCACGGCACCGGAACAAGAGUUGGUGAUCCGAUCGAAGUCGGCGCGCUACGUGCCGUUUUUGGGGAGGGUCGCACGAAACGAAAACCACUGUUCAUCGGCUCGGUGAAGUCAAAUAUUGGGCACUUGGAAGCGGCCGCUGGCAUUGCGGGCGUCAUCAAAACAGCUCUCAUGCUCGAACGUGGUUUCAUUCUGCCAAACUACGACUUCGAACAGCCCAAUGAGAAAAUCCCGUUCGACGAAUGGGGGCUGAAAGUGCCGACCAAUCAACGACCUUGGCCAAUCGGCAAGCGCUGGGCGAGUGUCAAUGGCUUUGGCUUUGGUGGUACUAAUGCUCAUGUUGUUUUGACCAAAGGUCCGCUCGAGAGAAAGACCAUGAAAGAGGAGAUCGACACGCAGGUAUUCGACAGGUUGUUCUUGUUGAGUGGGAACGACAAAGUCACGGCUGAACAAGUGAUGAAGAAUUAUGGAAUAUAUCUUGAACAGCGCCCCGAAGUCUUCCAGAUCGACUUGUUGAGCGACUUGGCAUAUACCUUGGGGCAGCGCAAGACCCACCUUCCGUGGCGUAUAGCUGUGACUGCGUCAAGCUCUGUCGAUCUCGUGGAAACACUCUCGAGCGGCAAAGUCCGUCCAGUGAAACAAGACUUGGAGCCGCUUCGUUUAGGUUUCAUUUUCACGGGUCAGGGAGCACAAUGGUGGGCCAUGGGCCGCGAACUUUAUGAGCGCUACCCUGUUUACGCAGCAGCAAUCGACCGAGCCGACAAACACUUGCUGUCGAUUGGGGCUUCUUUCUCGCUGCUCGAGGAGCUCUCCAAGGACGAGAUAGACACUAAGAUUAACAGCGCCCAUCUGAGCCAGCCUUCCUGUACUGCGGUACAGUUGGCGCUGGUUGACUUAUUGAGAACGUGGGAUAUAAACGCCACAGCCGUUGCAGGCCACUCUAGCGGAGAGAUUGGCGCUGCUUAUGCCGCAGGGAUCAUCGACUUCGAUGACGCGAUGACUGUGGCGUAUCAUAGAGGACGCCUCAUUCCGAUUUUGAAGGAGAAGUUUCCUACUCUAGAUGGGAGCAUGAUGGCCGUUGGUGCUGGGCAAGCAGACAUUGCUCCACUGCUUGAGCGCAUCCCGAGCUCGGCGGGUGAGGCCAAGAUUGCUUGCAUCAACAGUCCUUCCAGUGUCACAGUAUCGGGCGACACAGAUGCUAUUCUUGAGCUUCAACGAAUUAUCGAAGAAGUUCAUCCAGGAAUGUUUGCGCGAAAGCUGCAAGUUGACACUGCUUAUCAUUCGCAUCAUAUGAACCUGGUAGCGAAGGAUUACACCGAGUCGCUGCGCUUUGUCAAGCCGCCUAAGGACUCGAAUACGCUGUUCUACUCGUCGUUACUCGGUCGCCUGGCUAAUUCUACAGAACUUGAUGCAACAUACUGGGUACAAAACUUGACCUGUCCUGUGCGUUUCGAUGAAGCGGUACAAAGCAUGUGUCAGCCGACUGAUAGCCAUCAAACUGGCGUCAAUUUUUUGUUAGAACUUGGGCCUCAUUCAGCGCUUGCGGGCCCAAUCAAACAAAUUCUCAAGGCCGUUGGACCCUCCGCGAGCAAGAUUGCGUAUGCAUCAGCCUUAGCACGCAAGAAGAGUGCUCUCGAGACCGCUCUUGCACUUGCCGGGACUUUGUGGAUCAAAGGAGCUGCGCUUGAAAUGGGUGCGAUCAACUUCCCAAAGACGAUGGCGAAGCCGCCGGCUGUGCUCACUGACAUACCACGAUAUCCAUGGAACCACCAAUCACAGUAUUACCAUCAAUCUAGGUUCACAGAAAUCCAUAAAUUCCAGAACGACCGACGUUCGGACAUUAUAGGCGCAUUGGCUAUGUACUCGAAUCACACCGAGCCCACCUGGAGGAAUAUCGUGCGCUUGGACGAGCUCCCUUGGCUACGCCAUCACCAAAUUCAAGGGUUGACUAUCUUCCCGAUAUCCGGUUUUGUGUCUAUGGCCUUGGAGGCUGCGGCGCAGAAGGCGUCCUGGGACAGCAUCGAGUUUGACGUCUUGGAAGUCUGCGACUUGCAUGUCGCCACACCUAUCGUAUUGUCAGAAGAUGACCUGGAGAUGACCAUAACACUGCGACCUCAGUCAGGAAGCGCAACGGGCCCAGGACUGCGAGCUAAGUUCUUUAUAUCAUCAUGGGCAACCGCGAAAGGCUGGACUCAGCACUGCACAGGGUUUGUGAAGACCAAGCGGGUAGAAGCCCAUGACCUUCACAAUAACCGACUGGUCGAUGUUCGAAGACAAAAGUUGAGGUCCAAGUUAUUGAGCAUUGCGGAAGCCGCUAAAGACGUCGUGGCAACUGACGCGCUCUACGAACGCAUGUCAGCGAUUGGAGUAUCCUAUGGAAACACUUUCCAAGGGCUCACUGAUUGUCGAGCAUCCAAGAGCGGAUCUGUGUCUGAGCUGGUGCAAGCUGACACUGUUACCGAUAUGCCAAAUCACUACGAGUCGGACUACAUUAUUCAUCCAACAGUAUUGGAACAGCUGAUCUCCUCAUACUGGCCGGUUCUGAACUCCACCAAUGGUCUCUUAGACAACAUCCACCUGCCCUCGUCUAUUGGUAAGGUCACAGUGUCAGGGACAGCGUCCACAACACUUCAGAGCAAUAGAGGGAGAUUACAGGCAUUCUGUGAGCCUCGUGAAAUUCUCAGCAACGUCAAAUCGAACAAGCUCUCUAUGUUCGCCAUGGCGACAAUUGAUGCGGACGAGCCUGUCAUCACCAUCGAAGAUCUAACUACAGCGCCUAUUCUAGAGAAGGAUGCUAACACCGAGGCUGACGGCGCUCGAGAGCUCUGCUACAAGCAGACGUGGGAGCCAGCCUUUGCAGAGCAGAAGGAAGAAACCCCGGCUCAGUUCGAUGCUGAAAUUGUCAUUAUUCACGGAGAAACCGACCUGCAGCGCAGCCUAGUCGGCGAAUUGGCUUCAAAUCUAGCUACUGUAACAGGUUCAGCGCCCGGUACGGGUGUCUUGGGUCAAGUCGAUGGUACUAAAAAGAUCUGCAUCUUCCUCACCGAGGUUGACCAAACCGUUCUAUCGACAUUGGAUCAACAGAACUUCGAGGCGCUACAGAAGCUUCUCACCUCUGUACAAGGCAUACUCUGGGUCGUCAGAGGCGCCUACCAGAACGCUAAGAAUCCAGACGCGAACAUGAUUGCCGGGUUUAGCCGCACUCUUCGUUCCGAGGGCACUCUCAUGGAUUUCAUCACAUUGGACUUGGAUGGUGAGACAAUGUUAUCUCAGUCAGACAUGGUCCGCACGAUAUCGAAGGUGUUCCAAGCAUCGUUGGGCGUCAAUCGUCAAGUUGAGGAGACCGAGUUCAUGGAACGGGGCGGCUUGCUACUCACUCCUCGCAUAAUCAACGAUGCAGACAUGAACGAAUAUGUUCAUCAGCAAGUGCAGCCUUCUGCAACUGCCCCUGCUCACUUCACGGACACUGAGCGGCCGUUGCGAACGUUCAUUGCUACACCUGGCGCGCUAGACACAGUGCACUUCGAAGAUGACCACAGAGCGCAGGCUCCAUUACCUGAUGAUGAAGUAGAGAUCCAGGUCAAGGCAGUAGGCAUCAACGUACGAGAUGCCGAAACAGCCAUGGGCCACCUUCCCGGCGACGAUCUUGGCAUGGAGUGCAGCGGUGUGGUAAUCCGCGCAGGAUCCAGUAUCUCCUCGGUCAGCGUUGGUGAUCGUGUCGCGGCCAUCACUCCCAACGGGUCACUGUCUACUGUUGCCCGUGCCCACGACCGGUUUCUCGUCAAACUUCCGGAUCAUCUGUCGUUCCAAGAGGCGGCAACGAUCCCGCUCGCAUACUGCACUGCGUACCACAGCCUGGUUGACACCGCUUCGCUCUCCGAAGGCGAGUCUGUUCUAGUUCACCACGCCGCAUCCGCUGUGGGACAAGCCGCUGUUUCUGUGGCACAAAUGCUCGGCGCAGAGGUGUUCGCCACAGUGAGGAACUCCGAGGAGAAGGCCACUCUGAUCCAGCUGUACAACAUUCCCAACAACAACAUCUACUUUGCUGGCAGCGACUCAUUUGCCGACUUCUUGCUCGACGCGACGAAGGGACUCGGAGUGGAUGUUAUCCUCAAUGAUAUGUCGGAGGUCGAAGUUCUCCGCGCGACAUGGCGAUGCAUGGCCAAGUUCGGCCGUUUCGUUCACGUCGGAUGCAAAGACCUUGCCCAUGUAGCUUUCGAAAAGAGUGCGACGAUUGUAUGUGUUGAUGUAUUCGCGCUUGCGCAGGAUCGACCACAGAAGCUGAAGCGGGUGUUGAGCGAUGUUGCUAAGCUUCUGCGGUUCGGUAAGGUGUUGCCUAUACAUCCCGUCGUCUCUUAUGGUAUAUUGGAGACUACGCCUGUGCUACAAGCACUGCACUCGGCCGAGCUACAUGGAAAAGCUGUUAUAGUUCCACGUGAGGAUGAAGCGGUACUGGUGCCACGUCUUGAGGAAGAAGCGAAUAUCCUUCAUGCCGAUGCCACAUAUGUUUUGAUUGGUGGUACUGGUGGCCUUGGCCGUAGCAUGGCCAGAUGGAUGGUAUCCAAAGGCGCACGCAAUAUCGUUCUUCUUUCGCGGAGUGGUGCCGUUCAAGGCAAGGCGAAAGAGCAAGUCGAUGCCCUCAAUGCCUCAGGCGCCAAUAUUGUGGUCCGGCGCUGUAACGUGGCUGAUCGCUCGGAUGUUGACGCUUUGAUGACCUCGGGUCUAGAAGGUCUGCCACCUGUCCGAGGUAUCAUCCACGGUGCUAUGGUUCUGCGCGAUGUCUUGUUCGAAAAGAUGACCUUCGAGCAAUAUACCACCGUUAUCGAAUCGAAGGUCAAGGGCGCAUGGAACUUCCACCACGCACUUGCGUCAUCACCGCUUGACUUCUUCAUCGUCAUCUCUUCGGCUGCAGGUGCUGUAGGUAACAGAGGUCAAGCAGCUUAUGCGGCCGCAAAUACGUUCCUCAACGGUCUUACCCAGUAUCGUGCAUUCCGCGGUCAGCCAGCAGCGUCUAUCGACCUGACAGCCGUCUCCGAUGCCGGUUAUCUCGCUGAAGAUGCCGAAAAGGCUGCGGAAGUUGCGCGCAAUCUGGGCAGCGACACCAUUUGCGAGGCCGAAGUGCUUGCACUUAUCAGCGCAGCUAUCACCGGCAAAAUGGCGAGUACCUGCAACCACCACGCCAUCACUGGCAUGCGCAUCACGGCCACCAUGCGUCCCUUCUGGUCUACCGAUGCAAAGUUCAAGCGCUUGUUGUCCGUUGCUGAAGCUGAAGCUGCUGCCAUGUCUUCCAAUGGCCCGGUUACUAUCUCCUGGGGUGCCGCGUUCAAGACAGCAGCGUCGGCCUCUCGCGCCGAAGCUGAGGAGGUUGUCUGCAAUGGGCUUUUAGAGAAGAUUGCCGAGGUCGUUGGUAUGGAGAAGGAGGAAUUGGAUGUUACUCGACCGCUGAGUAAUUAUCCGCUUGACUCACUGACAGCAAUCGAAGUGCGCAACUUCAUCACGAGAAUGUUUGAGGCAAACUUGCAGGUUUUGGAGUUGUUGGCUCAAGGAAGCAUCCAGGCCUUGGCAAAGGUAGUAUGUACGAAGAGUAAGGUCGGCGUGGUGGCGGAGUAGAGAGCGUCCGUGCGGCUAAGAUGAUGCUGAACGCUCUUGUAGUCGUGAAUCUUUCUGUGAGUCGAGGCGAC